CAACAUAAACCGGGACUUAACGGGACCCACAAGCGCACAUUAAAACCGCACAAGCCCGGGACGCUGCUCACUUUACGAUGAUUUUAGUAAAAUUCGUGUGCGCGAUCAUAACCAGGUCAUUAUUCAUCCUGGUCUCUCUCAUCGGCGUCUGGAGAGUGAAAACGGUGAAAAAUGACAACAUGUACUGGUUACUUACCAUCCUUUACCUUCCGCUGGUCGUGGAGAUGAUCAUCACUUUAAGACGAAGGAAAGGGCAAGACUACAAAUGGUUUUCUCCAGCCAUCCUCCUCUUCCUCAUCAGCAUUAUUCCAUCCAUAUGGAUUCUGGAGUUACACCAUCAGGAGAACAAAGCCAGUGACCCACAGUGUAGAAAACUGGACUCUUGGGACAAUGUCAAGAGCAUAUUACCAUCUAACGGCACUAUGGGCAAUGAAACACUAAAGCAUCUGGAGCGCAUGCUGACCUCCGUCUGUGCGAAUGACUGGAUCCUCGGUCUUCAUCAGGUUCUGCUCAUUCUACUUAUCCUGGGAAAGUGGCUCCUCCCACUAGGGGGCGGAGUAACACGUGACGAGCUGUCACAGCUUCUGCUCAUCUUUGUGGGCACGGCAGCAGACAUUCUGGAAUUCACCAGCGAAACUCUGUCUGAUGUCAAGGAGAACAACCAUCAGCUAGUGUAUAUAAUCUUGGCAGUGUGGACGUGGAGCAUGUUACAGUUUCCUUUGCACCUCGCAGUUGUGACGUCCCGCCCAGAGAACCCCGAUGAGCCCAAAGGUGGAGAAAGUUGCUGUAACCUGAUCUUGUCGAGACACAGCACAGACAUUUGGAACAUCGUGGAGAGUUUGUUCAUCCAGGACGGGCCGUUUCUGGUAGUCCGUCUCAUUGUGAUGAUAUACUUUGAUGUUUUCCACCAGAUGUUGGUCUUCUUCGCUAUUAAGAACUUUCUAGUGGUGGUUCUCAACCUUUACAGACUCAUCGUCAUCUGUCAGGACUUUAGACCAAAACCACCAUCAUCAUCUUCCUCUGUCCCGAUCUGAGGAAGGAAAAGGAGUUUAAAAUGAACUUUUAACUUCUUAAAUAACGAUAGAGUUGCAUGCUUAUGAUUUUCAAACAGGGAUUUUAUUGUCUUCUUUUAGUUUUCUUAACAUUUUUUUAUGUUUAGGUUAUCAAAUUAAAUGAGCAUAGAAAUGUUUCACCAGCUAGCCCAACGUUUAUACAUAUUUCUGAUCAUUUCAAGUACUUUUUAUUAACUUCAUGAAUAAUGAGAAUAUAGUAAUUCUAAGUAAAAUACAUUUAUUAAAAAAUAAAUGAUGAAGAUAAUUUUAAAACAAAUUGUACAUAUAAAAAGGGUGACACAGUGGCUCAGUCGCCUCACAGCAAGAAGGUCACUAGUCCCAGUCCCAGCUGGGUCAGUUGCCAUUUCUGUGUGGAGUUUGCAUGUUCUCUACGUGUUGGUGUGGGUUUCCUCCAGGUGCUCCGAUUUCCCCCACAGUUCAAAGACAUGUGAUACAGGUGAAUUAAAUAUACUAAACUAACCGUAGUGUAUGUGUAUGUAUGAGUGUGUAUGGAUGUUUCCCAGUACUGGGUUGCAGCUGGAAGGGCAUCGCUGUGUAAAACAUAUGCUGGAUAAGUUGUCAGUUCGUUCCGCUGUGGUGACCCCUGAUUAAUAAAGGGACUAAGCCGAAGGAAAAUGAAUAAAUGUACAUAUAAAAGCACAAUUUUACAGUGAAUAAAAAAUAAACAAUGUAAUCUAAAUAUCUUACAUACCAUAUACAGUUGAAGUCAAAAUUAUUAUCCCUUCGGUGAAAUUAUUCAUUCAUUUUCGACUUAGUCCCUUUAUUAAUCUGUGGGCUGCCCUUCCAGCUGCAACCCAUCACUGAGAAACUUCCAUUCAUACUCUUUAAUACACAUAGACUAAGGACAAUUUAGCCUAACCAAUUCACCUGUACUGCAUGUCUUUAGACUGUGGGGGAAGUCGGAGCACGCGGUGGAAACCCAGGUGAACGCAGGGAGAACAUGCAAACUCCACUCAGAAAUGCCAACUGACCCAGCCAAGGCUCGAACCAGUGACCUUUUUGCUGUGAGGCGACAGCACUACCUACUGCGCCACCGCGUCGCCUCUGUGAAAUUAAUUCUUUUAAAAAUAUUUCCCAAGUGUUGUUUAACAGAAUAUUUUCAACACUAUUUUAAAUAUAAUAGUUUUAAGAACCUAUUUUUUUGUCUUUGCCAUGUUGACACAUAAUAUUUGUUUUCAUAAUUUGCAAGAUGCUAGUAUUAACCUUAAAGUGCGAUUUAAACGGUCAAUUAGGAUAAUUAGGGCAAAGCCAUUGGUCAACAGUGGUUUGUUUUGUAGCCAAUCAAAAAAAUAUAUAUUUCUUUUUAUAAUUAUUUAUUUAGGGGUUUUCACCUUUAUUGGGUUAGGACAGUGGAGAUUUUACAGACAGGAAAGUGUGGGAAGCAGAGAAAGGGGAAGGAUCGGCAAAGGACCUCUAGCUGGGAAUCAAACUCGCGUUGCCGUGCUAAUCACUAGGCCAAUGGCGCUGACAAAUAUAUGUAUAUAUAUUUCUAAUAAUAUUGACCGUAAAAUUCUUUUUAAAAAAUACAAAACUGGCAACACAGUGGCUCAAUAGGACUUUUCCGAAUUUUCAAGACAGAAGAAGAAUAGUAAGUUUAAGUAGUGUAACAGUAUGUUGGCUUUCUCAAGCCACCAUAAUUAACGCAAUAAACAUUAUUUUUCAAAAUUAGAUGCAACAAAUCUAAUGUAAAAAAUAACUGAUAAGACAAAAAUAAAAAGAACCAUAAUAGUGUAAACAAACAGGUAUAAAAAGUGGUGUUACCGUUUUUCACCGUAUACAGUAGUCGAAAUUUUUAGUAGAUCAAAACCACUUCAAAAGGUUGUCCUAAAACUAUUGAACAACACCCAUUCUUGUCUUAGGACAAUUUUGAGAAACAUUUUUUGAUCAACUUCUAAUAUUGGCUACUGUUGAUUAAGAAAGCUUACUGUUGACUAGAAUUUAGAUAUUUACAUUGAAAUCACAGCCAUUGUUUACAGUGUACCUUCAAUUCAAUGAAAUGGUCACUUUAAAUAGAGGCGUUUGCUAAAUGCACAAAUGUAAAUGUCAACAAAGAAAGUAUUUUGUGAUGAAAGACUUUUAGAGAGGGUGACACAGUGGCUUAGUGGUUAGCACUGUCGCCUCACAGCAAGAAGGUCGCUGGUUCGAGUCCCGGCUGGACCAGUUGGCAAUUCUGUGUGAAGUUUGCAUGUUCUCCCCAUGUUUGCUUAUGUUUCCUCUGGGUGCUCCGGUUUCCCCUACAGUCCAAAGACAUGUGCUAUAGUGUAUGAGAGUGUAUGGAUGUUUCCCAGUACCGGGUUGCAGCUGGAAGGGCAUCCGCUGUGUAAAACAUAUGCUGGAUAAGUUGGCGGUUCAUUCCUCUGUGGUGUUCCCUGAUGAAUAAAGAGGCUAAGCCGAAGGAAUGAACAAAUGAAAAUACAAAACUGCUUUGAUUCCAGUCAAACUAAAAGAAUCCAGAAGAAAAAUAUUACAGGAAAUAAUGUGACAUUUUUCUCGCUCUGUUAAACAGCCCAUGGGAAAUAUUUGAAAUAUGAAAAAAAAAGGAGGAGGUUCUAAUAAUUUUGACUUCAACUCUAUAUAUUUAUACUUACAAUAGUAACUAUUAUGGUAUAAAUUUGGUCUUUAGACAUUAAAAAACAUACAAUUUGCUUAUACAUUUAAGUACGGAACCCAUACACAAAUAUAGGCCUCUGUGGGAUCAGAAAUAGUGACAACAGUUUUAUGAAUGUGUUUUGUAUAUGUGUACAGUAGGACCAAUAACAGACUUCAGUUCAUAACACUCAUUCUUUCGUUCCUAAUUUUAAACGUUGCUUUCAUUGAACUUUUUCUUUAGUGUUUUACAAGGUUUGUCUUCUAGCCAGUGUUAUAUAAAAGAUUCUGGAUCCAAACUAGUUAGAUUUGCAUGAUGAAAUGAUGAUCCAGUCUGUGUUAUAAAAUAUAAUUCUGACUCAAACGGUAAAAGAACCGGCGUUUGUUUUGCAUGAUAAAAAUGGAGGCGGCAGAUGCGCAUUUAUCUAUGGCAUACAUGUGUUCAAAGGGCUCUGUUCAUGCCUGAUUAGUGUUCAUUCACUUAUGACUAUCUGAUACCACUCUUUUAGUCACUUGAUCUCAGGACAGACUUAGAUUAUCAGCCAUUCGGUGUAUGGAAUAUGUAGCUGCUCUAUACAACAGUUCCUAGAUCAGCCAUUCAAAUUAGCCUAUAUUUUAACCCCAGAUAGCUACAGCAGAUGAACGCAAAAGUGUGUGUCGAGUAUAGUGUCUGCUUGUCAAGCUAUUUAAAUAAAUAUUAUUAUCUAGUCAAGUCCAGCUGGAUUCACUAUGUUUAUAUGUGUAUGCUGACUAUUUUAAUUAGCUUCGCCUGUCUUUAAAGAACAAACACUGUUUUUGUGUGUGUUUGUCUUUGUCUCAAUCAUCAGUCCAUUCCUGAAACAUCUCCGAAGCAGAAAAACACACAUUAUGUCAAUAAAUGUUUUAACUGAGUCUGCUAUUUAUGUCCAGGAGAGGAAACAGGAAAUAGCCGCACAAGAAUUAAACAGGAUACCAAUGAAGAAAGUCAGAUAUAAAUGGGCAAUCAGGUCAGUUUUGUAUGAGGCUUUGUGUAAAAUAAAGAAAAAAAGUCCUGUUACAUUAAAAAGCUGUGCUGUGACCUUUGAUUCAAAUAGUUCAACACCAUAGUGCUGUUGGUUUAUUGGCAAAUUAUUAAGCUGAGGAUGCAUAUAUUGAAGAACACUAACAACAACACUUAUUUGAGCAAUACAGGGUAUCGAUGUGAUAAAAGGGAAAUACCUUUGAAACAUUUUGUGGUGGAUGAUGAAGGUAAUGAUAAAAUCUACAGUAUUUUUUCUAUCUUAUUUAGAUGAUAUACACUACCUGACAAAAGUCUUGUCGCCUAUCUAAGUUUUAGGAACAACAAAUAAUAACUUGACUUCUAGUUGAUCAUAUGGUAUUAGAAAUGGCUUAUAUGAAAGGCAAAGGCCUCUAGAUUACGCUUAUUUUACCAAAAUAAAAUAUGAUCAUGCCUUGAUUUUUAAUUAUUUAUUCAUGACAGUAAGGUCUGACUUUGCUUAGACAAAGUCUUGUCACUUAACAGAAGUAAUGUACAGUAUAUAAUAUAAAGUCAUGGUGCAGUGGAAAACGAAUUGAAAAAUCUGACUCCAUCAUGAGCUUGGACGACUGCAUCCAUACAUCUCUGAAAUCACUCAAAUAACUUAUUAAUAAAGUCAUCUGGAAUGGCAUAGAAAUGCUUAAUAAUGAUCAAAUCCGGUGCCUGGGCUGGCCAAUACUGGAGCACCUUGACCGUCUUUGCUUUCUUUACAUGUUACUUUGAUGUGGAGGCUGACGUAUGAGGAGUGCUAUUCUUAUGAAAAAUUUGCUCUCUCCUGUGGCUUGUAAUGUAAUGGGCAGCACAAAUGUCUUGGUACCUCAGGCUGUUGAUGUUGCUAUCCACUCUGCAGAUCUCUCGCACGCCCCUAUACUGAAUGUAACCCCAAACCAUGAUUUUUCCUUCACCAAACUUGACUGAUAACUGUGAGAAUAUUGGGUCCAUGCGGGUUCCAAAAGGUCUUCUGUAGUAUUAGUGAUGAUUGGGAUGCAGUUCAACAGAUAAUUAUUGGGAAAAAAAUCUACCUUCUGCCACUUUUCCAAAUGAUCAACUAGAGGUCAUGAUUAAUUGUUGCUCUUACAACUGAGAUAGACAACAAGACUUUUGUCAGGUAGUGUAUAAUUAAAUGAAUGGAAGCUUGUUUCUGCCUCUGAAUAAGAUAUGUAAAAGAUA